CGAGGUACGAUACGCAAAGGGGAUUUACUACGCCAAUCUGAGCCGGGGAAGCUUUCGGCAAUAGGCGACAGGUUUCAGUCCGGGAGUAACGACCUGUGACAGAGAAAGACCCCUUUCCGUAGUUCCGCCGGUUCCCUCUGCGCACAUCCGUCUACCUGACCUGGGCAAGGUUCAUGUCUUUCCUUUCUCCCGCCUAAACUUUCCAGUGCUGUGUGCCAUGUCUCUGCCACGCACACUUGGGGAGUUGCAGCUCUAUCGGGUGCUGCAGAGGGCCAACCUGCUGGCCUAUUAUGAAACCUUCAUCCAGCAGGGUGGUGAUGACGUACAGCAGCUCUGCGAGGCAGCAGAGGAGGAGUUUCUGGAGAUCAUGGCACUAGUUGGCAUGGCCACCAAGCCGCUGCACGUGCGUAGGCUGCAAAAGGCCCUCCGAGACUGGGCGGCGAACCCUGCCCUUUUCAGCCAGCCUGUCGCCAACGUUCCUCUCGGGGGCAUCCCAUUGUUCAAAGUGGAUGGGACGGGUGCUGGUGGACCAGCAGGCGGGCCCAGGAAGUCUGUGAGCAACGGGCAGCCGGGGUCUCCGUGUGAAAGGGAGGAUCGGGCGUGUCUUACUCCCAUGCACAGCGGGAGCCCAAGAAGCCCUUGCUCCCAGGCCUCCCCACAGCCACCGGACACACACUUCAGGGAAAAACUGUCACCCAUGGACCCACACUGGCUCAGCCCAGAGCCUGAUGGGAACUGCACUUUGGCAUCUGCAUCCGGAAUAGAGGAGGAGCCGCCCAGCCCACCUUUGCUUUCAACGUGCCCCCCAGGUCCCUCCACAUCUCCGAGCCCCUCUGCCUCUUUCACCCCUGCGGCCCUGUCGGCCUGGCCCGGAGGACAGCUGGAUGGGGAGACGGCGAGGGCGGUGGUGGAGAGCGUGGAGAGGCUCCUCAGGACCCUGCCCAGGUCGGAUCCUGCAGAGGUGAAGACUCUGCUUAGGAUGAACAAGAAGAUGGCAAAGACUGUGGGGCACAUCUUCAAAAUGGGGUCCCAGGACGUGAACAAAGAAGAAGAGAUCCGGAAGUACAGUCUCAUUUACGGACGCUUCGACUCCAAGAGGAGGGAAGGGAAGCAGCUCACACAUCACGAGUUGAUCAUCAAUGAAGCUGCAGCCCAGUUCUGUAUGCGAGACAAUGCCCUUUUGCUGAGACGGGUGGAGCUCUUCUCUUUGGCUCGGCAGGUGGCGAGAAAAUGUGCCUACACCUCCACACUAAAGCAUGCAAGGACAAACGCAGAUGAGAACAGCCUCCUGUCCCAGAAGAGAGCGAGACAUGAGGUGAUUGUGCCUGAGUGUGUGUCAUCGCUGCUCGGGGUGGAGGGCUCAGAGGGUUUGACCCAGAGGGCAGAUGACGACAGCUUAUCUGCAGAAAGCCUCGACAGUGUAUCACAUGACAUCGGCUCACAGUGCAACCAGUCUCCGUCCCCCCGGCCCCACACCGACACCUCCAACCCCGCCAACUGGAGUCGCCAUCUCAUACAGCAAACGCUAAUGGACGAAGGGCUGCGAUUGGCUCGGAUGGUGUCACACGAUCGGGCUGGCAAGAUCAGCCUAGGGUCAGAAGGAACUCACUCAACAGACCUUGACAGUAAAGUGGAGAGGCGGAGCUCGAUAACAGCGUGCAGGAGCAGUAGCCCUUGCAUCACCAAAGACGACUCUAAUCACCGCGGGAAAUGAAAACCCUCGGCGGUUGUCAGCGAACUUGUUCUCAGGCCUGCCUCUGAACUCCACUCCCCAUCUACCAGACAGGCUGUUGCUGAGCAGAUUUUUCCUUGUGUACCCACAUCACUGACAUCUGAUGAGGAGGAAACUCUUAUCGACUUCAAAAUCAAUCCAGCAAAUGUCAGAAUUUACCAGCGGCUGAUAUCAUAAACCUGCGGUGACUGAACACUGAAGUUCAAGAUGUUCUGUUUCGACUUUAUAUUCAGUAAAUGUUUGGGGGACACACUUUUUUUGUUUUAUUUUUUAAAUACGUGGACUUAAUGUCCCGCAGAUUCUACCUGAUGGUGGAAAAAUGAACCGAUUUCAUCCAAAAAAGCUGAUAUUUUGUUAAAUUAGUCAAUUUGUUGUGAGAAGUCUGUGUGUGUUUAAAACGUCACCUGUGUCAGAUGAAAUGGGCUCGACGCAGCAGGGGGCACUGCGACUUUGGAAACUGACUCUCUUAACUUAACUCCAGUGACAUGCUCAAGUUUUGUAAAGGAAACGUGGAGACUUUCAUCUAGUUACAAUAAGAAAACAGUCUGCUAGCGUUCUCAGCAGCUCCUCAGCUGCAGGAAACAGACAAAUGUUCUGGUUUUUUAAAGUCAGUGUGUUUGAUAUUCUUGUAUUAGGAUAAAUGAAGUCCACAUAGAUGGAUUUGUGACAUAUGUUGAUCUAGAUUACACACAAACACUGCCGUCAGGUUCAGGGGCCUUCUGUCCUUUGCUGCAUCAUCUAAUUACCCACGAGGUCUGAACAGGCAUGCUGAGGUUUAUGAGAUAUAAAGCCGUGGCUCUUCAUCAUCCUCUCCCUCACAUCUCUCUCUAAUGAUAUUUUUGCAAAAGUGGCUGACACGGUGUUUGUAAGAGAUGAUAAUUCAGGAUUUUCAUUACCUUUAAUCAUGUGGAAAUGUACUCAGAACACCUUUUCUAGACUCGGCGGCAUGAAAUACUACAUGGAUGCUUUAUUUGGUUUCCAGUCAAACUUUCAGUUGCCUACAGUGAAAUCAGUUUUCACGCAUCUUGCUCAAGGGCCCUUCAGCAGGGAGGAGGCUCUGUCCUCAUCCCUCUCAUCUUUAUUUUAAUGUUGUUCCCAACAGGUGCCAGUGUAAAGCCUUUGAGGAA